AUGGAGGAAACUUUCCGUCUCAUGGAGCAUGAGAAAAAUCUUUUCCUCAUGGACACAAGCAACCUUGAUGACAUGCAAAAGGAGUACACCAACCUUUGUCGUGAUGAAGUGUUGCCUCAAAAACGAAUGAAGGGAGGCUACAUGAACAAAUACAUGGGAUGUGUACCAGUGGGAGAAGUGCUCCAGUCGACAGUGCACUCUCCGCACCUCAGCCCGACAGUCCGCGACAACAGGACCCGUCGCCGCCACCCCGCCCUGCCGCCGGCGGCACUGGAAGACGACGACCUCCUCCGAAAGAUCUUCCUCCUCCUCCCGCCUCAGCCCUCGGCCCUGCCCCGCCUCUCCGUCGUCUGCAAGCAGUGGCGCGCCGUCGUCACCGACCCUCAAUUCCUCCGCGGCUUCCGCGACCACCACAAGAAACCUCCCCUCCUCGGUCUCGUCAUGGGCUACACCGGGUUCCCCUACUUCAGGUCCGAUCUCGACCCUCCCGACCACAUCCCGCACGAGCGCUUCUUCCCUCCAUCCAUCCUCGACCUGCACAUGGACUUGUUCGACUGCCGCCAUGGACGCGUCCUCUUCUACGACCACGCGCGGUACGAGGUCUUUGUGUGGGAUCCGGCGACCCGAGACCGCCAUUGCGCGGUCGUCCCACCAUUGUUUGACGAAAAGGAGGUUGGCGCUUAUAACGGCGCCGUCCUUUGCACUGCCCGCCACGUGCACGGCGAUUGCCACUCCAGCCCAUUUCAGGCAUGGGCGGACGCACGGGUGGGCCGGGGGGCCGUGGCCCACCCAGAAAUUUGA